ACAAGGAUUAAACACAAUGUUUCUUAUUUUCGUUAUUUUUGUGUUGAAUAUACAUGUUUUGGCAACCGCAGCUGAAAGUGCUGAUGUUGACAUUAUUUCCGAGCUAACAAUCAUAAAGGAACAGUUCAUUGAGCGGGAAAAGCUUUAUGAAAAUAAGUUAGCCGAAAUGGAGAACAGACUUUGUAAUGCUGAAGAAAACUCUAGAUCUCUUGACAAUUUCUUCCGAUACAAGUUAGCCGAAGCUGAGGAGAGAUUUUAUAAAACAGAAGAAAGGAUGAAUAUCGCAGAGAAAUUCUUUGAAAAUAAAAUAGCUGAAUUGGAACAUAAACUGUCUGAAAAUGCUUAUUGGGAUAAAGUUGAUGAAGAGGUACCUGAAGGUAUUGACACUUUAUUUAUAAGUGAACAGAAGUUAAACUAUAAUGAAAUUGUUAGUAAAGAUGCUAACCCCAGAACGGAACGCGCAAUAAAACCAUCCAAAGAGAAGAGCAAAGAGACAGACACUGCAGAACUGCUCUCUACAAAUCUGCCACAAGAUUUGUCCUUGUUUCACAGGAAAUUACAAAAUAAAGGAACGAGACAGCUUACGUCUAGCGGAAGCCACCGAGUUGCAUUUUCAUCCUAUCUUUUUUCUCCGGCGAGGGAACUUGGCUACGAACAUACAAUACCGUUCGAUCAAGUCCUACUCAACGAAGAAAUUCAUUCGACACAAUAUUACACACUUUCAUAUGUCCAGUAAAUGGGAUACACAUGUUUCAAUCGUCUUUGCUCUGUGAUUACGGAGGCCAUAUAGAAACUGAAAUUGAGAAGGACGGUUCUGUGCUAGCUCGCCUGUAUGCAGCUGGUGUUUUUAAAAGCUAUGACCAAGGCUUCAACUCUGCGACUGUUCAUUGUAACAAGGGUGGAAGGGUAUGGGUAAGAGUGCGUCUUCAUGAUGGAGAUGUUGUAUACGCAGAACAGUAUUCGACCUUUUCAGGCUUUCUUCUAUGGGAACUUUAAAAUAAAAAAAAUGUUAGUGGCAACAAAAAUGGAAAAGAGACAUGUAUGUUUACCUGACUAGUAUAAAUGUUUGUCUGUAGAUUUAUCGACAUGCAUUGCUUUUCUUUUAAACUUAAUUUUGCCUGACAUAAAAAGCUCAUGACAGAUGUGCGACAGUCAUAUAGUAUAGUAGACGAAAAUUUCUUACGUAUUUAAGCACGAAAAAAAUCUUUUGUUCCUUUGUUGAUUACAAAACUGCGUUUAAUUAUGUGUUUAGAAUAGCGUUAUGAUGUAAAUUACUGAUUUGAUAGAAGACAUUGUGUCUGAAAUCAUUCGUCCUCCACCUCUGAUAAUUCAUGUGGGGAAGUUGGCAGUUACUUGUGGAGAACAGGUUUGUACUGGUACAGAAUCCAGGAACACUGGUAACGCUGGUUAGGUUAACUGCGCGCCGUUACAUGACUGAAAUACUGUUGAAAACGGCGUUAAACCCAAACAAACAAACAAACAAACAAACAAAAAUUACUUACACAUGAUAUAGAUGGAAAUUGUUUUAUGAUUAUUCGUGACAUGUAUUCUAAAAUAAAGUCUUAGGUUAUAAUGUUUUUUACUUUUUUAGUUACUCUGGUGUAGCAUGCCUUCAUGCGAAAAAAGGGCAAAGAGUGGGGUAGAAUAAAUUUUGUUUUAUUAGGUCAGUGACUAAAUAAGCUUUCUUUCCGGACUUUUUAUUUAUUUUUUUUAAAUGGCGCCAUCUUGUUUUUGAGAAUAACUACUAAAAGACAUAUUUACGCAAUUGUUUUGAUAAACGCGCUUUUCUUAGGCACAUGAGACCAUGCCACUAAUGUACAGCAUAUGCAUAAUAUAUUUGCAAUUACCACAAAAAAAUGUUUAUAACGGAAACGCCAGGAGAAAACGAAAAUGACUCAUCUAUAGCGUUUGUUCAGGAUUUAGCCUUUUGCGCUUAAGGAAGUAAUAAAAUCAUUUUGACAAACCGUAAAAACUAAUUGCAAAUCACAUUUUGACAGGUUAGUGGUGAUGACUCAUGACAUAAUUAAAACGUUGCUGGCCGUUAUUUCCACCUUCCAAUUUGAUUUUCUUAAAAAAUGUUUU